AUGCCAAAACUUUCACAGAGCUUUCUCCAGGGUAUGAGAAUGGCUUUGGCCUGUUUCUACUUGGUUUCCAUAUUGAUCUCGAUACCAGUGGCAUUUAAGGUGGGCGGACUGUAUUGUGGGCUAUCAUUUACGGUUACGAUUUUCAAUUUAUACUUCAUUACAACGACUUUGUCCAUCAUUGCACGCAGCUACGGAAACCAUUUUCAUGUGGUUUGGACGACAUUUCUCUACUAUCUGCAGCAUUUUGUGAUUGCUUCUCUGUUAUAUCUGUUUUUGUCAGGCUUUUCGAACGAUGAAUUGACAAGGGUUUUAGAAGAUGGUUCGCAGCCUGAAAAAUCUUUUGUAGAUAUGCUGAAGAGCAACGUUUUUUCAAGUCACUCUAACUGGAUGCUAUAUUACUACUACUAUCGUUUUAUUGUGCAGCCAUGGCAAUUCACGUUAUCUCAUUUCACAGCAUUUUUCGCUCUCUCCGAAGGGUUUUUUGCUGUUUUGGGGAUUCAAGCUAUUGGCGAGACUAAUAGAUGGUUACUCUAUGAGCGUAAUUCUAAUACGUGGAUUAUUUCUUCACUGCUUACUUCGGGUGGUGUAAUCACUGCGUCUCUUUAUUACUUAUACAGGAUCUACGUGACACCAAUAUGGAACCUGUCAAUACAGACAGCCUCUCUUUUGGGAUUUACACUGUCGUUGGUUUGUGGGCUAGGCUUAUAUGGAAUCAUUAGUAAAAGUGGAUCCGUAAUAGAAAGCUCUCUGUUUUUCGCUUACAUUGUUCGUUGUAUUUAUGAAAUUUCACCAAAAUUGGCUACUGCUGCAACCGAUGAAAUCCUAGAAGUAUUCAAAGAGGCUUGGCAAAGACAUCAAAGAACCUUAUCUGGCACGAACAGCCUAUUAUCCUACUAUCACGAUAUCGUUUUGAGCAAUUUCGAAAUGGUAUGGGAUUCAAUUGUAACUAGAACCAAACAAUCUGAUCCGCUAUACCAGAAAUCCUCGUAUCUAACAUUAGAAAGAUUCAGUAAACUUUGGUUUAGAUUGAAACCCGUUUGGGGGCUCGUUAAGAAUUUUACUGCCUCCGUACCGUCGUCCAUAAAUGGUAUGUUUCAAGUUACUCUAAAGAUGGCAGCGGAGUCUGUAUCCCCCGCUAUAGUUAUAAAUCUUUGUUUCAGGAUACUCAUCUUUUAUUCAGCAACAAAGAUAAUACCUGCAUUACAGCGCAAAAGUCCAACUGAAUUGAGGAAAAGUCGUCGCAUGCUGAGCCUGAUAUAUUGGUACAGCCCAUGUAUACUAAUUGCUAUGUACACCCAUCUGAUUUUGCAGUAUUCAGGCGAGUUGAGUGGUGAUUUAUGUUUAUGGGGCUGUAAUUCCAAGUGGUUCAAUUCCGACCAGCCUAAAAUUUUAGUAGACUCAUGGGGAUUUUGGAACUGGUGUAAUAUUUUUUGGACUAUUUUGAUAUAUGGUAGCGAACUGAUAGGAGGGAAAAAAUAG